GGGCGCGGCGGGACGCGGCGGGGCGCGUGCCAUGCGCGGCGCGGAGCGGCGGGCGCGGCAGCUGGCGGCUGCGCUGGCUGGCUCAGCAUGCGCGGGCUGCGCCGCCGCCGCCGCCUCCUCCUCCUCCUCCUCUGCCUGGUGGCCGCCGCGCUGGGGCUGUGCGGGGGCAGCAGGAACUGCCCCGACCUCAUCGUGGACCGCUGCCUCUGCGCCGCCGAGCGCGCCAAGGGGCCCGGCCGCCCGGCCCUCCGCAUCAAAGUGGUCUGCAGCGGCGGCGACUUGGUGGAAACUUUGCAGCCCGCCGUGCUGCCCAACCGCACCGUGUCCCUGAUUCUGAGUAACAACAAGAUCUUAUGGUUGAAGAACGGCUCUUUCUUUGGACUGAGAUCCCUGGAGAGACUAGAUCUGAAGAAUAAUUUGAUCAGCACAAUUGAGCCGGGGGCCUUCCAUGGACUUUCAGAACUGAAGCGCCUGGAUCUUUCAAAUAACAGAAUUGGUUGCCUAACACCAGAAAUGUUUGUUGGACUUAACAGUCUUCACAAACUGAAUUUGUCAGGGAAUAUUUUUUCAAGUCUCAUGAAUGGACUUUUUUCUGAGCUGAUAGCUCUGAAAGCACUACAUUUCAACACUGAUUCACUCAUCUGUGACUGUAAUCUAAAAUGGGUCUUGCAAUGGGCCAGAAAUGCUUCAGUUCGAAUAGCGGAGGAAACAGUUUGUGCUUACCCCAGUGCUUUACAAGGACUGUCAUUUCGUAACCUGAAGGAAAAUCAGCUGAUAUGUGCUGGGCCUCUGGAACUUCCUCUUUUCGAGCUGAUCCCAUCACAAAGACAAGUGGUUUUUCAUGGUGACCGUUUGCCAUUUCAGUGCACUGCAACAUACAUUGACAAUACCACCCAAGUACAUUGGUAUCAUGCCGGUCGCCUGAUCGAAACAGAUGAAGAGAGUGGAGUAUUUGUGGAGGACAGCAUCAUUCAUGACUGCUGCUUAGUUACACGUGAACUUAUCCUAUCCAGUAUUGACAUUGAUGCAACCGGAGAUUGGGAGUGUCUAGUCAACAAUUCCUAUGGAAAUAGCACUAAACGAGUAGAAAUUGUGGUACUUGAAACGGCUGCACCCUACUGCCCUGCAGAAAGAGUUAUUAACAACAAGGGAGAUUUCAGAUGGCCCAAAACUUUGGCCGGGAUAACUGCUUACCAUCCCUGUCUCCAGUACUCCUUUAACUCCAUUGCCUUUCACAAUGGCGCAGAAGAGUCUAAGGCAUGGCGUAAAUGUAAUCGAACUGGGCGCUGGGAUGAAGAAAAUUAUUCUGAAUGUCCUUAUUCACAAGAAGUAACUCAAGUUCUUCAUGCUUUUAGUCAGAUGCACAUCAAUUUGACAACCGUGCUUGAAUUUUCCCGCCAGCUGACAGCCUACACAAGAGGUGCUUCUCACUUUGCGGAUAAAAUGGAUGUAAUAUAUUUGGCUUAUAUAAUGGAAAAGUUAAUUGUCUUCGUGGAUGAAGUUGAAGAGAUUGGGGAUGCUCUUAUUGAAAUUGCCAGCAAUAUAAUGUUGGUUGAUGACCAUGUGUUGUGGAUGGCUCAAAAGGAAGACAAAGCCUGCACCAGGAUUGUACGAUGUGUGGAACACAUUGCAAGUCAAAUGUUGACCAGCAAUAUUCAAGUUAUAUCAAAGGUAUCUCGUAAUAUUGCUCUGGAAGCCUUUAUGAUCAAGCCAUCUAGUUUCACAGGAAUGACUUGCACUGCCUUCCAGAAAAUAUCUGCAAAUUCUGACAAGUCAGUGGUGCGUGAUUUAGGAAGCUGGGAAGCAAAUCACCAUCCUGAUCAACAUUUGAAUUUCAAGUGCAACACCGGCAAUCUGAAUGGUUCCUUGGUAAAUUCUUCUACCAGGAAUGCUGUAGCAGUAGCUUCAGUUCAUUUGCCACAGUCUGUCUUCUCUCAGUCUUCAGCCUGGCAAUCUGUUGAUAACUCCACUUGCAAGCUACAGUUUAUUGUCUUUCGGAAUGGAAAACUCUUUCCUAGCACAGGAAACUCAUCAAAUCUUGCAGAUGAUGGGAAACGUAGGACGGUUGCCACACCAGCUGUUUUUGCUAAAAUAGAUGGGUGCAGUUUUGGAAACCUCACCAGCCCUCUUACUAUAGGGUUGAGGCACUUUGCACGGGGUAUAGACCCCAUUGCAGCCUUCUGGGAUUUUGACCUUCUAGAUGGACAUGGAGGCUGGUGGGGAGAAGGGUGCCACAUAAUUAGUUCUGCAGGCAAUAUUACCACCAUUCAGAGUACACACUUCAGUAACUUUGCAGUGCUAAUGGAUUUUAAGACAGUGCUGUCUUUCCCCCAGUACCCAGGGGAGUUUCUGCACCCUGUGGUAUAUGCAUGUACUGCAGUUAUGUUGUUGUGCCUGUUUGCUUCCAUUAUCACCUACAUUGUCCAUCACAGCACAAUCCGAAUAAGCAGAAAAGGAUGGCACAUGCUUCUCAACUUUUGUUUCCAUACUGCUCUUACAUUUGCUGUUUUUGCUGGUGGCAUCAAUCGCAUUAAAUACCCAAUUAUAUGUCAAGCUGUUGGUAUAGUACUACAUUAUUCUACACUCUCUACUAUGCUAUGGAUUGGAGUAACUGCCAGGAAUAUUUACAAGCAAGUCACGAAAAAACCUCAGCCAUGCCAAAACAGUGACCAACCAUCUUAUCCAAAGCAACCACUACUCAGAUUUUACCUGAUUAGUGGUGGAGUUCCUUUUAUUAUAUGUGGGAUUACAGCAGCAACCAAUAUCAAUAAUUAUGGGAUUGAAGGCAAUGCACCAUAUUGCUGGAUGGCAUGGGAGCCUAGUCUCGGUGCUUUUUAUGGGCCAGUAGCAUUCAUUGUGCUAGUCACCUGUGUUUACUUUCUCUGCACGUAUGUGCAACUGAAGCGCCAUCCUGAACGCAAGUAUGAGUUAAAGGAAAAGACAGAAGAUCCACAGAGAAUGCCAAGCACUGAGGUGGGCCAUGGUCAUAUUACAGACUCUAUGUCUGUUCCCCAGGCAACCUGCUCCAUGAUUUCUUCUUCCUUAUUGGAAAAUGAGCAUUCAUUUAAGGCUCAGCUUCGAGCCGCAGCAUUCACUUUGUUCCUGUUUACUGCCACUUGGACCUUUGGAGCACUUGCAGUGUCUCAAGGUCAUUUCUUGGAUAUGAUAUUUAGCUGUCUUUACGGAGCCUUCUGUGUGACCUUGGGGCUUUUCAUCCUGAUCCAUCACUGUGCAAAGCGAGAUGAUGUGUGGCAUUGCUGGUGGUCCUGUUGCCCAUCUAGAAGAAACACCUAUUCUGUCCAAGUUAAUGUGCGCCCAAAGGUUAAUGUCAAUGGUGACACUCAAGUUCAUGCACCUUGUCUUCAGGAAUCACCAUGUCCCAACAAAUCAGCUGUGUUUAAUCAUCCAGCGGCUAGCCACUGCAAACUUACCAACCUACAAGCAGUUCAAAAUCACGUUAACUGCCUUUCGCCUGUGACACCAUGUUGUGCAAAAAUGCACUGUGAUCAGCUACUUGAUGAUGAAGCUCACAUUCAUGUCCACAGCGAGGGAACCUUCAGACCCAAUAUGCACAUUCAUAGAUGUCUGAAAAGCAGAACUAAGCCACGUUACUUCAGUCGGCAUAGGUCUGCAGGUGAAAGAGAAUACGCCUAUCACAUUCCUUCGAGUAUUGAUGGCAGCAUCCACAGCUCACAUACAGACAGUCCCCACAGUACGCACGAUAGCCAGUCAGGUCACAGACGGGCCUGCUGCUCAAAAAGUGAUCCAUAUCCUACUGUCAACCAGCCCGAAAGUAGCGACGCAAGUACUGUAAUAUAUAGUUGUGCUAAAAUGCCAGAAAGUGACACUGUGCACCAUCCAGCUCAUUUUGAAAUGCAUCCACGGACACAGUCAUUGCCAUUUAAUACGACAAAUCACAACGGAAUUCUCAAGGGAAACGUGCAUGAAGCCAUGAUAUACAGCUCAGAUAGUACAGGAAAUAUCAAAACUGGCCCUUGGAAAAAUGAAACUACUGUGUAGUUCAUGGGCCAUCAUAAUGUGUUUUUUCCCCUAAACCAUUGUUAUCUUUGUUUUUAUUCCAAACUAAAUAAGAUGACAUAUUUGUGUAGCUCAAUAGUAAAUUGUACAGCUUUUCCAUCUUUAUUUCCAUUUUCUUAAUAAGAGUCUAAAAGAGAGAGAUAGUGACAGUUUUAAAGUGAAGUUAUUUUUAAAAGAAAGUUAUAAAAUUAUUCUGAAAGAUAAUUAGAAAAUGAAGUCUAGACAAUGGAAUGAGAGGCAAUAUCCUUUUGUUACACAGAACAUUUCUUUAGAAAUAAAUAAUUUUCAUUCAUUGUUUUCACUUUUGUUCUGUAGUAACUUCAGACACUUUUUAUAAACAUAUCAGCAUCUUAAACUUUUACUUAUUUAUUUUUGUAGCAAAAUGUUAUUACUGUGACAUGGAUUUUAAUCAGAAGUGACUACGGUAGAAAUGAUAAACAGGAUUUUAUAAAAUUACAGCUUUUUAGAUCUACAAAAGUGAUACUGCCUCUAAAGAUCUUCUGUAGCAUAAGGCCUGUAAAGUCGUGUAAUGUACAGUCUCUGUUCUGUCCUUUUUCUUGUUGGAGAGAAGUGCUAGGUAAUGUCUCUGUUACAUCUAUGGUGCUGUAUUGAUUGUAUUUUGCAUGACAUAUGUCAGGAUAUACCAUUUGCUGUUUUCUAGUGUUACACGUGUUAAAAAAAGAACAAAAAAAAGUGUUGUACAAGGCUGUGAAAAACCCUAUUGAUAUUAAUCUAGAGCAUUAUAAAUCUACAGAAAAAAAAUCACUCUGCACUAGUUUAAGUGGCACAAUCCUUUGUAUAAGGUUAUAUGAUAGCUUUGAUAAGGGUCCACUCUAAUGUCUUUACAGAGCAUGCACUACUCAUUGUAUGUGACACUGUGCGGUGUAAUAGCAAUUGUCUCAACAAGUUUUACACUUCUUUGUAAAGUAUGCCUUUUGAACAAAUCUGUAAGCUGUUUCACAAUCUUUCCACAUCUGUUAAGGUAGAGCAGUUUUAUCAUUAACUCUUUGAGGACUACAGUUAUUUUCUUAAAGUAGCUUAUUCUAGUUUAGAGACACUGUAUAUAUGAUGCUGUCUAUUUAGUUACAUGAUCAUCGUAGUCCAGAGUUGUCAGGAAAGAGAAAGUUCAGUCAUUUUCCAAAAACACACCUUCUUAGAGUCCAUCUGUUAAUUUCACCACUUGCUUUCUGAAAACCCAUUUCCUCCCCUAGCAAAUUUCAGAUUGUUUUCAUCCUUUAAUGCAAAUUUGACCUUCAGAGAAGUUCUUUAUGUUCAUGAUUUCUGCUGAAUUGUAGGGCAUUCCAGGGUCAGUACCAUUCUCUAUUAACAAGGCUCUUGGCAAGAAAUUUUUUCAUGUUUCCAUGAACAUCUGGACACAAAGCAUCAACUCACAGUACAGAACUGCAUCAUAAUUAUCCCUAUAUGAAAUAAAAAUGCUUUUUUUCAAAUAGGAAGGGUGCAGAGUAAUAAUACAUCACAGAAAGUGAAUAGGAGCAUAGAGCUGUGAGAAAAAUGUCUACAGUGGAAUGUGAGCAGUACAUCCAUAAAUAAGAGAAAAAGCACAAUUCUGUAUGGCCACAUGAGAAAGUUUGCUGUCAUGUCUUAACACAGACUUAUGUAAUUGCUACAUUGCUGCAGAGGGGAAAUAGAAAAUUCCCGUGAGAGAUCAUCAGUCUGUGAUUCUGUGUAUAUGUUGCAGAAAUCUUCACAUACUUCAGCCCAUUAUUUUUCUGUUAUUAGCAGUUUAUUAGUCUCUACCUUUUUUUUUUAACAUGUAGGAAUGCAUUUCCUAAUAGUGUACAUAAAGAUGACAAUUAUAAUUGUUAGAAUGUUAUAAAAACUUGUAAGUCAGAUGAAUGUGUUCUGCAGUGUUGCAGGUGGGAAUUAGUACUCAAAGGGUUAAUGCUCAGUAUCUGAGUGCAAGAAAUCUUGUUUUUCUGUAUUUUUGUAAAUUUGAAAUAUAUAUUGUAAACUCCAGCAGUGCAAUGUAUCCAUCUCAGAUCGUGUAUUUUUAAAAGGUGAGCAAGAAGAAUGCACUAGGUGGUUGUCAAGUUUUAAGCCAAUAUACAACAGUUUCAUGACUGCUUCUUUAGCUAAUACGAAAAAAAAAAAAAAAAAAGCCUGAGCUUUAUUAUGUAUAUGCUGUAUAUGCUUGAACUGUCUCUAAACUAAAAUACAGUAUUUUUCUUUGUUUGCAUAAUGAAAUAUUUUCUGUUUAAAAAUUAUUUUCUUUUAAUAUUACUUUCACUCAUUCCACAUAGACAGUGAGCCCUAAACAAGCAUAGACAUAAUGUGAAAUACCACUUCUCUGUGUCUCAGCACUAUGUAUAUGUAUAUUCUGUAAUCGCAAAAUCCUAGGAGGUCUGUAGACCAUUAUGCAAAAUAUUCCACACACACAGCCAAGUGAAAUACUCACUCUGCAAGAACCCACUCCGUGAGCUUCUUUAUUCAGCUUGUGUUCUAAUCACCUCUGUUAUUUUGUCUGAGAGGCCAGUUCUACCUUCGUAAUGGCUUACAAAGAAGUAAAUAGGUGCUGCUUUCCACAGAAUAUCUUAUGUGAUAAAACUCUCUGGAAUUUAAACAUAAAUAUUAAAACACUUUUCUUAUUGUGUUAAAAAUUAAUUUAGUGAAUAUUUCUGGGCUAAUUUGGAAAAGAUGUGUUAUGCAAUAAUCUGUUUGCAUAUUAUUUUUUCAGAAAAUAUAUAGUAUAACUACAGAAUAGGAGAACAUGAUAUUAAAUAAAUAUAAAAAUGUUUUUUAACAUCAAAUUUGACCAAAGUGCUUUUUGUGCUUUUGACUUUUUUUUCCUUAAGAUAAAUGGGAUAAUUUCAAUGCUUUGGGAGUCUGGCUUUGUUUUAUUGCGGGGUUUUGGUCAAUUAUAGUCAGUGAACCAUUAUUACUUUACCUGAUUUUCUUUCCUAUAAAAAUAAAGUCAAUGACAUAAGUGGAGUAUAAGAGAUAUAUUGUCCUAGUAAAUUCCUCAUGGACAUACAAUGUAACAUUUCAAAGUCAGCAUUAGUUUUGGUGAUUCACUGAUGACGUAAAAAUGACUGAACAGAUUUUUACUGUUCGCUUUCUGACUGAGAUUAAGCAAGAGAAAUUUCAUCUAAAAAAGAUAACUUUUGGAGAAUGAUGCAAUCAACAGAAAUCUGAAGGGUUGUUAUUACAGUACUACCAGGAUAAAAAUAUGCUCUGAUGCUGCAGUGUUCUUCUCUGCCAAUUCCAGUUUUCAUGACCAAAUUUCAGAUCACGUAAGUGACUCCAUUUUAAGUCACAUAGACUGUUUACAGGAAGAAUUCCUACCCAGCCUCUCUAUAUAAAGACUUUUGGUGUAAAAAUAAAGCAUACAUUUUUGCACAUUA